UUAAUGGCUGGAGUUGAACGGAGUUUUGGGCAUGAUGGAAUUUUGAUGGAAAAAAGUGAAUUCCUGCGAUAUUUAUGAUCUUCUUUUUUAUAAACUGAUUGGUAAUUCUUUGGUGGAAAAACAGAGAUUCGUCAGUGUGAUAUAUAUAUAGAUAAUGUCUGUGUCCAAAGAGCGUAGCGUUUUGAACUCGUUCGCUGGUCUGGGUUUGUGCAGCCUGCGCUCAGCUGCUGCUCAGCGUGAAUGGACUGAUUUAGUCACCGGUUACUUCGUUUCUGAGGGGGCGGUACCUUCAUCAGAGUCCGAAAAUGAAGACAGUGACUGUGAAAGUUUGUUUAGUGACCCGACAAAGCCUGUGUGGAGUGGGCUAAAAGGUGAACAUGUAGUAAAUACUGACGUUGCACAGCCCAGUCACAGUGUAGGGAUAGAUAUAGAAGUAGAAUUGCAUCAUGAUGAUGAUGAUGAUGGGGAUGAGGAUGACGAUGAGGUGCUGCAUCCUCUUACAGACUUAAAUAAGGUUGAUAGAGUUUUAGAGCACAGCCAAGCAGUACGCUUUGUAAGUGGCAGUGAAGACAAUGAGAGUGAAUUUAAAAAAGAUCCGUGACUUCGUGUGCAAAGGCUGCAGACUUUACAAUGGAGGGUCGUGUAUUCGUUCGUUUGAGGAAGAAUUCAUCCUGGGUCUUCGCGUCAACAUGUCGUCACUUUCCGACUUUGAAAAGGAUCUUAUUCUUCUCGGAAAAAUAAGCUGCCACUUCCAGAACACAAAGUUGACCCAGUCGACGAAACAGAAAACUAAGACAGAACGUCAGCAUCAGAGGACGGAGCACUACGUUAAUGGAACUCGUGUUUGUCGGGAAGCUUUUAAAUUUCUUCACUGUAUCAGCCAAAACAAACUCACAGCACUUCUCAAGCAUUACAAGGAAUUUGGCUUGACUCCACGAGUAAAGAAGUCUGGAGGUCGUCGGCGGGCAGAAAAGAGGCUUCUCACUCAUGAGGACAUCUGUCUGCCACAAAGACCUCCUGAUGUAAAUCCUCCUGGUCUGGAUGCAGAACAGCAGGAUUACCUGUUCGAAAACAUUUGUGAACAUACGAAGGAUAUUUCUUGCCCAAAGCCGGCUACAGCAGCAGAGAGAAGAGACACCACUGACAUGACUGACAACACCAAUCAGGCACCUGCUGCGCAGCCAAAGAAAAGGGAGAGGAACUCCAGUCUGGACCAGCAGGAUGCAGAACUUCCUCAGAUUAAAGAGGAAGAAGUCUGCAGCAGUCAGGACGGAGAGCAGCUUGUAGUGAAGCAGGAGACUGAUGACAUCAUCGUCUGCACCGGGGAAGAGAGGCUCAAACUGCUGGAUAACACCUGGAAACCGGAAAUAAACUUACGCAGUGUAGACCUCCCACAACAACAUGACUGUAAGGAGGAGGUUUUUACAGGCCAGCAGGUCUGCAACCAGGAGAGGAACUCAAGUAUGAACCAGGAGGAUCCAGAACCUCCACAGAUUAAAGAGGAACAGGAGGAACCCAGCACCGGUCAUAUACUGAAGCAGAAAAUUGAUACCUUUAUGGUGACUCCUGCUUAUAAGGAACAGGAAAGCAGUGGAUCAGAACCAAACAGGGAGCAGCUCCUUUCUCCAAAAUCAGAGAGCCAAGAUCAGGAAGACUGCAAGCAUGUGGACUCAGAUCAUCUCACGAUGGGUAAAAGCAGUGAGCUCUCCCAAGACCUUCGCAACCUUAUUGUUGCAAAACAUACUGAUGGCAUUGGUUACAGAAGAAUUUCUAAACUACUGAAGGUUCCAGUGAGCACUGUCGGGGCCAUAAUCCGGAAGUGGAAAGAACAUCAUUUCACCGUAAACCGGCCACGAACAGGUGCUCCCCGCAAAAUUUCAGACAGAGGAGUGCAAAGAAUCAUCAGAAGAGUUGUCCAAGAGCCGAGGAUCACCUGUGGAGAGCUGCAGAAAGACCUGGAAUCAGUAGGUACAAUUGUUUCAAAGAAAACAAUAAUUAAUGCACUGAACCGCUAUGGUAAGACAAUGAUCCCAAACACACAGCCAAGGACACUGUCAGUUGGUUUCAGAGAAAGAAAGUAAAUCUGCUAGAAUGGCCCAGCCAAUCACCUGACCUCAAUCCAAAUGGAAAUCUAUGGAAGAAGUUCAGAGCUCAUAGAAGGAGCCCACGGAGCCUUCAGAAGUGUUUGUGUGGAAGAAUGGGCCAAAAUCACACCUGAGCAACGCAUGUAACUAGUUUUUCAUCAC